GAUGAAUGCCCAUAAAAAAAACCUCGCAAGGAAAAUAAAAAAUAAGGCUCAUGAAACACAGAACAAAAAACGCAAGCAUCCAACGAAAUUAAAUUCCGUCCACUCCGAAAUUGAUAUUCCUCGCCGAAUUUUUCCACUUUCCAUCUCCUUCAGUAAAAUUUUGCAACGAGGCAAGAAGAACCCAUAAAAAAAAAAGAUAACCUUCAUAAACUUCGUCUUCGCAUCUCGUGUGCAGAUAAAAGAAAAACGCAGUGCUUUCCACUCUUACAUUUCCUCGUGAUUUUUGCCUCUAUUUUGGUGCUGUUUUUGUUGUUGCACAUUUGAUCGAAUAAAUGUUCAAUGGCCACCUGGGCCAAGAAACGCGUUCCAGAGUUGGCGACAGUCUGGAGCAUAAAAGACACGUUCAAGACAGCGUUUGGCAGCAGUGCGAAACUAGCAGCCGAAGCAAUGCCUUGCAUGGUGUUCAUCGCCUAUGCGUGUCUCGUGGUCGUGCAGAACCUGUUGGCAACUCUGCAAGAAGCCGGACGCAUGUUUGUGAGGAUCCUGUGCUGUUCUGUCGGGGCACUGGGUUCUACUCUGCCGACCAGAGUGUUUCUGAAUCCAGAAGCAAUGGCAAGAAAUCAGACAAAACCGACAGAAAGUUGGCAGAAUCUGCGCCAACAGCUCGCCAUUCGUUGCGGGCUCAGCGACGAGUUCUUGGCCGCCGCCGUGGCGUCCCUGACGCCGCCAACGCGUCGCGACGACGUUCUCGACAUGCUGUCGCUCAUUGACAAUCCCGUCGACGACGGCUACGACUCCGCCGUCGACGAGUUCAUCGGCCCCGAGCUGGACUUUGACAACCCUCUCAGGGUCCCGCUCAACUUGACAAGACAGGAGGAAGACAAAGAAGAAGAAGAAAAAAAACAUGCGUAUUAUUGGCCACUCGUGCACAUGCAGAGGCGCCGGAUUCAUUCCAGGUCAGCGGUUUUCCGCUUCCUCGCUCCACACCCAGACCCGUCUUACAACCCAUUGUUCUCCACGGGGUUUUCCGCUUCAGUGACCCAGUCACCCGCAACCGGAACUGCACACAAUUUCCUUCCAGACCCGCAGAUCCUCAGUCUUGCAAGCUGGCCCAGACCUCACGGUCGUCGUCGCCGUCGCGGGGGCUACAAUCAGCGCGUAAUCACACGCGAUCCGCCGCCCGGAUUUAUGAACGCCCCGACGGCGCCAUAA